AAACUUCAGGUUGUAUAAAAUAAACAUUAGUACAAAGAUUAUAUACACACAUAAAUAUAAUCGAAUUUUCAAAUUCAUUUGAAAUUAUGGAGCCAAGUACAUAUUGUGGAGCAUCUGACGAUCAUGUUCAUUAUGAUAAUUAUGAACUUAUUGCUGGAAAAGCAAUUAAAUUGUUCGAAGUUGACGGUAUCGAUGAAAAUACCCUUUGGAUUGAUAUGAAGAAUUGUUCAGGAUCAAUGGAUGAAAUAACAUUCUCAUUACUUCCGAACUUACAAUUGAUUAGCAUGGACAAGUGUGAUAUAAAAAGCUGUUCAAAAGCAUUCUCUCAAAUUGAGAAAUUAGAAACAUUGCAUAUCAAUAAAAGUAAAUUUCCAUUUGAGGCCAUAACAUUUGAAGGUAAUAGAGGAAUAACAACAUUGCACAUACAAGAUGUUAAAUCGCCUUUAAUUGCAUGCUUUCAACAUUUAAACAAAUUGGAACAUCUUUCUUUAGAAGGGUGCAAUCUGGAAACUAUAAAUAAAGAAUUUUUAACUGGAUUAGAUUCAUUGAAAGGUCUUUCUAUUUCAAAAUGUCACAUAAAAACAAUUGAAACUGACAUUUUUCGAGACUUAUCGGAGUUAGAGGGACUUGAUAUAAGAGAUUGUGAAAUAUCGGAGAUAACUUCUGAUGUUUUCAACAAUUUGCCCAAAUUAAAGUUUUUAUCAUUCCAUCACAACAAAAUUGACUCUGAAAUAGACUUGAAUAAUCUCAAUCAAUUGGAAUCUCUGCAAACAAUUCACUUUGAUAUUAACAUCUAUAGAUCCUUGCUUUAUGAUAAUUUUCCCAAUUUGAAGAAUGUUAAAAUUGGAUAUGAUGAUGAAGAAAAUAUUGAAGAUGAAGACAUAAUAGAAAUGUUGAAAUCCAAAAAUAUUAGCACUGAAUAUGUAUUUUGUGGUAGUAUUGACUAUAAUAGUGAUGAAAUGGAAGAAUGUUACUAAAUGGUAACAUCGAAAUCAAUGCUACGAAAUUAAACCUAAAAGAAUACCAUUUAUAGUAACUUAAGAGUACAAUAGGUUUGGUAAUAAGUGAACCUGUAAAAACAAUAGGGAAUAUGCAUGUAUUCUCUUUAUAUUUUUAAUUCACUCUUUAGAUAGGUAUAACUCAAUAAAAAAUAUAUAUUCUAUUGGAAAAUCCCAACUCUACAGUUAUUUUUGUAGCAGCUGCAUGAGGAAACUGCAGUUUUUUUAUUAUGAAUAGUUGGCACUACUGCUAAUGACAUUUAAGUGCUGUCAUCUUGACUUUAAUUUUUACUUCAUGUAUUCCCAUUGAUUUGUAAUUUGAAUUUAUAUUUUCAAGUAAUUAAAAAGUUCAGAUUAGAACAUGAAAAUCACAUCAUCAAAAAAAUCCAAAUAAUAUUGAAAAUGUCGGUUAAAUUUAGCUGGUACUGAACGCUACUAAUAUUCGCCCGCUUUGGAUGAUGUCAAUUGCCACAUCCUGUAUUCACGAAAAUUACGAUGUGGACGACAUCUGUUAAGUUUUUUCCAAAUUUCAAUAGAGGUGAACAACAAAGCCAGAAUACAAACUAAUUUUGUUGUUUUAUAAACAAUAGAAACUGUUAUUUGACAUUUUAGUCGAAAUAGUAAAAUAAUAUACCUGUUUAAAGUGCUCUUUUGAGAACAAAACAAACACUUGUUCCAAUAAUGAUGCAAAACAUAUGCAUGUUUUAAAAAUCAUCUACUCCAAAAGAAUGGGAAUAUUGGCCCAAAUUAUAGAGAAGUGUUCAAUAAGGUUGAAAACUCAUCUACACCAAAAUAAUAAGAACAUUGAGCUGGAAUUCUUUUUUCAGUGUACAUUCCAUAGAAAAUUAUUUAUAAAAACUAAUUUGAACCAAUUUUUGAGAUGGAUUGUCGUCGUCUCUAAAACCCUGGCAUUUCAACAAUUUUGCCGCCCUAGGCCUGGUCCUCAGGGGCCUAGACGUAAAUUCAUUACUGAAUAUAACUAAACAUUUUUGGUACCUAUAGUCUUUGAACUAUCUUUUUCUGAAUAUAUGAAUAAAUAACUUUAUCAAAAAAAUAUUUUUCUUAAACGUUUCUUUUUCAUUGACUACCUAUUAUUUCACCUAAAUAAACCUGUUCCGUUUUGAGUGGAAGAAUAGUCACGUUAUAUAUGAUCAACAUGGCAGUCAAAGGGUUAAAUAAAAAUAUUUUCUUAAUAAAUAAUUUUAAUAAUACAUGGAAUUAUAAAGUAUGUUUUUAAAAUAAAAAUAUUACAUAAGAUAUAUGUUAAGCAUGAUUUCUUGUUAAUUGUCUUAGGUAAAAUAGAUAAGAAACCGGUUUCUUUGAAAUCAGUAAUACACAAGAUGUAUAUCUCAUCAACAGUAUUGUGCUUCCCAUAUUUUCUAAUUAACCAGUAAUUAAUGAGGUGGGUUUUUGUUUAUCGACUUUGUUUUUGCGUUUGGAUUAUGACUUCGAAAUCUUUGACUACUCAAAUGAAGACAGAUGACUCCCGUUUUGAAAAAUGGUGACAAAAGUAACAAUUUUGAACAUAAUACACAAUGAAACUAAUUCUGAAAUAGAGCUGUCCCUCAGUAGUUAAUGAGGUUGAAUCUUAGCAAAUUUCAUCUUUGAAUUAUCAAGAUUCAUAAUUUUAAAUAAUCCGUAGAACCUCCUAAUGCUUACAAGCACUCACAAUAUUAUCGCGCAUCUUCCAGGCAAUAUUGGUUCUACAAAAAAGUUAGGAAAGUAUUGUACUUAACUUUCUUCUUAGGAGUUGCUGUUCAAUGAAGAAAUGUUGAAUGAAAUAAAUCUUCACACGCACAAUGUAACCCUUGUAAAAUUCAGAGCCUUUUUGGUAUUUUGAUAUAUACAUACAUUUUCAAAUCCAAUAAUAAGGACCUAGAAGCACUGUUUGUUUCAGAUGGUACCGAACGUGACAUUUUCAGAAGCACUAUGUCAUUGUAACGAGUUUUGGAAAUUUAUGCUUCUAAAUGUCCUUGAUUUUAGAUCUCUUCUGAUUUAAAAUUAGUUCCUUUCAAAUUUUAAAACAGAAGAGACCUAAAAUCAAAAACAUUUAGAAACAUAAACAGAUCAAAAGGUCUCAGAAAUUAGUUUUUAACAUACCUUCAUUUUGACAAAACUGCAGAUAAAAAUCAAUGAAAAAAGAAUGAUAAGACCACUGCAAUGUACUGUGUUUUUCAAAAAAUUUUCAUAAUUAGCCAAGGAUGCUCUAUUGGGGAAUAUGCUUGCAUGUUGUAUUACAGGUUUUUGUGUGCUGAUUGCCACACUUUCAUUUAUGGCAAUUGCAUUGUGGGUAAUUUUCUAGAUUGCGCUCAAUAAACUCUAAAAUAAAUUUUACUAUAAAUAAGUUUUAUUUGCAUUUAUUAGAUCACUAGAUAGAAUUUCUGCUAUUUUUAUUAUUUAUUUGAACUACUUUUACUAUUAGAUAGUUUUUAUUGUGUAUUUUUCAAUGUUCAAAAAUAAAGCCUUGUUAUUGCAAUUUGUUUUGUUUUUAAUAUUAAUUUUAACUAUAAUGAAUUUAAUGAGUAAAAUUAUCCAAAAAUUGAUGCCAGAUAUGUGAUUGUCGAGCUUCACUUUACCAGUUAUGAAACAAAAAGGUCACCUCACCAGUUACAGGUUAAAUUUAUACUAAAGAGAAGUGACAUGUCCAUAAAAAUCAUUUAUAUGUAAACAAUAAAUACAAAAAUAUGUUAAUAUUAUUGAAUCAGUUUGAUUUCUGAAUAAAUUGGUACAGUAAUGAUUAUGUAUUGUAUAAUUAGUCUUGAUGGGGAGAAUAAAAUUUUGUAGAUAAAAUGGGAGAAAUUGAAUCACCAAAUCUUUUGGUAAAA